AUGCCCCAGCCACUGGACCCGUCAGUCUACAACAUGGAGCUCCACACGAGCAGCUACUGGAAAAGCGCCAUGAACCGUCCAACGUGGCGGCUGCGCUCCUGCAAGUCACAAGACACUGACGAUACAUUGGCGUACACUAUGGACGAAGCCAUGGACCUCAAGGUGCUGACCUACAUGGCUUCGGAGCCGGAGGAAUGUAACGAUGAGGAGUACGAGUACGCCACUGCUGCCACUGCAACCGUCUCGGGCUUGCCGCUCGUGUGCAGCAAUUGCGGCGUGUCCUUCUUCUCGCUGCAGAUCCCUGACGACCAGAUGGACUGCUAUUGCUCGGGCGAGUGCAAGUGGAGCGUCAUCAUGUACCGAGAGAUGGAUCUGCGCCUGUUUGCCAGGCGGAACAAGUGCCCGCUCGACUCGGUCGGAUGUCGCAGUCUUCGAGCGUCAAUGGAGACGGCAACAGCAACAGACGCCCGUCGGGCUACAGUUGCAUGCAGUGCAGCGGACACGUUUACAGCCCCAGGCUGCACACGCGGCAGUGGGGUCUUUCGUAUUUAA